GCGGCGGCUGCCGCGGCGGUGAGAGAACGGCCAAGCCCCUGCGACCUGAGGCGCAGCUCCGCUAUCCCAGGGCCCAGCUCGCCCAGUGAGGUGGGCGGGCGGCUCCGGACCAUGGCCAGGGCCGGCAUGGAGCGGUGGCGUGACCGGCUAGCACUCGUGACGGGAGCUUCGGGGGGCAUCGGCGCGGCCGUGGCCCGGGCCCUGGUCCAGCAGGGACUGAAGGUGGUGGGUUGUGCCCGCACCGUGGGCAACAUAGAGGAGCUGGCUGCCGAAUGUAAGAGUGCAGGCUAUCCCGGGACUUUGAUCCCCUACAGAUGUGACCUGUCAAAUGAAGAGGACAUCCUCUCUAUGUUCUCGGCCGUCCGCUCUCAGCACAGCGGUGUGGACAUCUGCAUCAACAAUGCUGGCUUGGCCCGGCCUGACACCCUGCUCUCAGGCAGCACCAGCGGUUGGAAGGACAUGUUCAAUGGGUUCUCUGUGGCUCCAUCACCUGCUCAGAUGGGCCCAAGCUGGGGACACCCAACUGCCCUCCCUGGCCUGCAGGUGAAUGUGUUGGCCCUCAGCAUCUGCACGCGGGAAGCCUACCAGUCCAUGAAGGAGCGGAAUGUGGAUGAUGGGCACAUCAUUAACAUCAACAGCAUGUCUGGCCACCGAGUGUUACCUCAGUCUGCGGUCCAUUUCUAUAGUGCUACCAAGUACGCCGUCACUGCUCUGACAGAGGGACUGAGGCAAGAGCUUCGGGAGGCCCAGACCCACAUCCGAGCCACGUGCAUCUCUCCAGGAUUGGUGGAGACACACUUCGCUUUCAAACUUCAUGACCAGGACCCUGAGAAGGCAGCUGCCACCUAUGAACACAUAAAGUGUCUCAAACCCGAAGAUGUGGCUGAGGCUGUCAUCUAUGUCCUCAGCACCCCGCAACGUGUCCAGAUUGGAGACAUCCAGAUGAGGCCCACGGAGCAGGUGUCCUAGUUUCCUGUGGGGAGCUCCUCCCCUCCCAGCCCUCAUGGCUUGGUUCUGCCUCUGGGUUGUAGGUGUUAAUUUCUGGACUCCUGGAUUCCACUUUCUCUCUCUACCCCCACCAUGAGUUUGAAAAUUUGUUUGAGGUCUUUUUUACC